AGGGUGUCGGAAGGGUUAGAGAAUAAGGGUGAAAUCCAGGGUCCUAAGGAGAAUCCAAAGUCCUGGCAGGUCGACGUACUGUCUCCCUGCUAACCUCGCCCAGAAUGAGAAAGGCGACAACCCAGGAAGCGGUAAACCGAGAAACCACACAAACACAGUCACCGCCAUUUCCUCCGUUCUCUCAAACGCUACCCGAACCACAAUGCCACAGGGCGCCAAGCCAAUCGGCCGCGUCUUGCUGCGCAAGCGCAGUGAAACCCGUCACCGCGGAAGACUACAAGUCCCAGCGGACAGCGCCUCAGGAUCCUCCGCAGGCAGGAUGGCGGUCCCGGGGGCGGAGGCAGAGGUGCGACAUUGACCGCUCCAUGCCUGCGGGCACCGGGAGGCGUGGCCUCCCUCAGGGCCUUCACCUGUGCUGGUUGUUCUGCGCUUUCACCUUAAAACUCUGUCAAGCAGAGGCUUCUGUACCGGAGGAGAAGCAGUCAGUGAGCACCUCAACUUUGCCGUGCUGGCUGGUAGAAGAGUUUGUGAUAGCAGAGGAGUGUACUCCAUGUUCCAGUUUUCAGGCUUGUCAGUAUAUGAAUUUGUCUUACCCUGAAAACAUGUUCCUUUCUUUCCAAGUUAAUGGCAGUGUUCAGCUAAUAACCAGAAAACCACCUCUGAGUGUAGUUCCACAGGUUAUGUUGAGAAAAUCACAUGCAGCUCCUCUAAGAGAAAUGAGUUCAAAAGCUGCCGCUCAGCUCUGAUGGAACAACACUUAUUCUGGAAAUUUGAAGGGGCUGUGGUGGGUGUGGCUUUGGUCUUCGCUUGCCUUGUCAUCAUUCGUCAGCGACAACUGGACAGAAAGGCUCUGGAAAAGGUCCGGAAGCAAAUCGAAUCCAUAUAGCUACAU